AUUUCCCUCCAACACAGCUGGGGGACAAAAUGGGCCUUUCAUUGAAAUUUCUCCCCUCCAUCUCAUAAAGCGUACCCGUCCCAUCCUCUCUCUCAAGCCAGCUGAAUUGUCGUGAUUUCCCCAGCUUUGUAAUCUUGUAUUCGAUACUAUCUACCCGUCCAGCAAUUCCGAUGGAGGCCGAAACGGCGAUCAAGAGCCUGCGGGCCUUCCUGGGCAACACAGACAUGAACCCUGAGGCUGAAGAAGAAUUGGCAAAUUUGUGGACAGACAUUGAUUGUCAAAUCAGUAAACUUUCGUCGCACUUGUCAGAUAUCGAGGGUAAUCGAGGGGCCACCCUGGGCAGGCUGAAAACCCACUGCGAGGAACAGACGAAGAAUCAUCCCCGAUCGCAAAAAGUUGUGAUGCGCUUUGUGAAGGUAUUAGAAACGCUGAACUCGAUCGCAGGCGACAGCGCCUCUGGUGCAUUUCCUGGCGCAUCGGCUUGUUUCAAAGGUCUGGCAAUCCUGGUCGCUGGGAUCCAAAAUUAUGCCAAUCUUCCCGAGGAACUUGGCAAGCUGGCGGAUGCUUGCAUGCGCGGACUCGAGAAUAUCCAAGGCAUGUAUGUGAACGCGGGGCUGGCGAUCAAAAUUCACCGGCGUUUUGCUCUGAUAGUGCAGAUCUGCUGCGAAUGUGCCAACGCGACUCAGAGUCGAAAAUAUCGCCUCAAACGUGCGGUGGAAAAGACCUUUGGGGAUGAUAAGAUCAAAGCGUUGAUGGACGAGCUGAGUGAGCUGCGAGAGGAUCAAGUGGAAUCGGUGGUCAAUGAUCUCCAUCGAGUCACCUUCUCCACGGAUGCCGAGAGAAAGUGGCGCCGCAGCUUGGUGAAAGCCUUGGACUUUCAUCCGGGAGAACUGGGCCCGAACGAAGAGCCGAUGAAAAGCAGUUUAGGCAUGCUCUACCGGCCUCCAUUUGAGAACACUGGCAAGUGGAUUGACAGCAACGAAUCGUUCCAGGCAUGGCUGGACGGCAGCCAAACGACCAUUUGCCUCCUGGUCGCCCCGGCGGGAUAUGGCAAAUCGUAUCUGAUGGCCAACCUGACCAACCGCCUGCCUCCGUCCAAGGCCCGGGGCUUGGUGGCCUUCUAUUUUCAUGAAAAGAUGGACCUGACUCCUUCCAUGGUCGAUUCGGCCGGCUUGGUCCGCCAAGCAGUCCGCAGUAUCAUUUGGCAGUGUGCGGUGGACUAUUCUCCUUUGUUAAAAUCAAUGGCGCCACUUAUCCAGGAGUACGGUAGCCCCGAGCAGAGGGACCCGAUUGAACUUUGGACGAGGCUGCUGGUCGACAACGACGAAAGAAAGCGAAUGGAUCACGUAAUCUUUGUGCUUAUAGAUUGCUCAUCGAUUGGGAUUGCGGCGUUUCUUCCACUGAUACGGACCUUGAACAGGUCCCGGGACCACAAGAUCAGACUGAUGCUUACCGCGAGCCCAGAUGAUCUCCUGACAUUGUCCCAAGGGGAUAAUCCAAGCGUGGCAAAGGUGGACUUGGGCCAUCACAGCAAGCCAGACAUUGCUGUUUAUGCGACUUCUCGGAUGAACCAAAUGGCGUCUCUUGGGAGGGAAACAAAUCCAACCGUCCAGCUUUAUAGAAAAAAGAUUUUGAAGGAGCUACAAGAGAAGAGUGGAGGUGAUUGGUUGAAAGUGACGACUACGUUGGAUUACAUCGCCCGAAUGGAGACCAACCCAGGCAAAAUUGAUGAGAUCCUUAAUGGCCUGACGAAUAGUCGGGAAACCACGACUGUCAAUCUCAUCGCGGAACUCAAUCGCCAAUUGGACAGCGACCAGAUCCGCGAGCUAAACGCGGCAAUCGUUUGUAUCACGCAUGGAUUCCGUCUUUGGACCCCCGAAGAGAUGGACGAGAUUUUACGCCUCGGGUACCAGAAGGAUUGGUUCUGCAGCUUCCGGGAAAGAAUGAGAUGGUAUCCCUUAUUAGAUUUGAACCCUGCGGGAUAUGUCACAUGGCAAUCACCAGACAUCCCGGAAGGCAUCCCCAAGAGAAGCGAGCUAGAGCUGGAACGAGACGUUCGUUCGGCAGAGAUUGACAUUGUUCACCAUUUCCUGCGCCAGGUGUGUCCUGAGGCCUUAUUUCGGAAGCUCGAAUUUGAUACCUUUCUGGAAGGAAAGCGCAUUGGAACCAUGAAUCCGGAUCACCUGAUGAUAUGCAAGGACGAAUCAAACGCGCACAUCCGAAUGGCUUUGAUUUGUCUACAGAUCCUUACGACCCAGCAGGCGGCCGACUCGCUCAUCCAGUACGCUGGCAAGAACCUCCUGCGUCAUCUGAAAUGCACUGGUCUAUCUCAGGUCGCACCCGAUCUAAAACGACAAGCUGGCCGCUUGCUAGCAGAACUCUUCACCAGCUCCAAGGGGAUCAAGACCAUGUUCUGGAUCAAUCCAGAAGAAAAGAUGGUCGGCCUAUUGGGGUGGAUAAUGGGGGAGGGUAGGGGCCAGCAACAGUGGCUCCGUGCUAUCUGCGAUGACUGGCUUAACAGCGACAGGGGCGGCAAUUUACUUGCAUCCUGGUUCAAAGACCCGGUUGUUACGGCCGACAUUGUUGAGCAGAAGCAGAUGAACCUCGUCUCUGCCUUCUGCAACUCAAGCGACACGCGAUAUGAGCUCUUAUUCAAAGCGAUCUCGGAAAACAUCAUGUUAGAAUUGUGUAUAGCGCAGAGCCAUGAAGCCAUUCUUACCGGGAUGGAAUAUUUAACUGCCUUCAUUCGCAGGAUCAGCAAGCCUCAGCUUCCUUUAAACACCAAACCCAGCAAUCAAGAGAGCGAGGCCCGUCUUCCCACGCUGACAGAAUGGCUGAUGGUUGAUGAGUACUAUCAGCCUUACAUAAGGACAAUAGAUUCCACUAAUCCUCCUUCCGUGGAAUUGAUGAACUUCAAAGCAGUAUAUCAUGCUCGCAUCGCAGCUAGCAUCGAUCUUCUGAUCGAGUUCAAGAAUAUAGGCGAGAUGGAAAUGACGGAAGCGAUUCGAAUCAGAGAUGAGCGUCUCAGCGAGGCCUUGAACAUCAUGCCCGAGUGUAUCCUGGCUUUGAGGAUCCAGUUCCGUCACGAAAGGAACUCCACAAAGGCUCUCGAAUUGAUCGACCGUCUGAUUUCGUCGGUCAAGAAGGAGGUAGAUGGGGGCUUGGAGGCUGGCAACGCUAUCAUUGCGUCCCUUGUGCUUGAAAAGGGGAACAGGUACUGGGAAUUGGGGCCGGAAUAUCAUAAUCGAGCGAUCGCGGCGUAUAAUGAUAUGUGGAAGUACGGCUUCCCACUAGAACCCGACCCAGAGACCAUGAUGAAUAACAUCUACAAAUUAAAUGAACCCAGCGGGGUUUUCUGGGAUCUCAUCCGCCAAAUGAAUUCGUCAUUUGAGAAAUGGAAGCGUCAUGUCGCUCAGGCUUGGCUUGGGAUUUUCGGUACGGAAGCUUUCAAGAAUCUCGCCAGAAAAGCGGUUCUACAAAAGGGGAGCCUUGGUCUUCUUGUGGACCUUCUUCGUCAAGCUUGGGAAUCGGCGGCAGCGCAAGGCGAUGUCCUUAUACGCUGUGAAUUCACACUUUGCUGUGCGUCCAUUUAUUUGACCGCUCUCAGGCGAUUCCCUUCGGAUGCGGAGGCUACGGCGAAUAUCAUCGACAAUCUGGAAAGAUCGUUGCAGCUCAACGCUGCCCAGCCCCAGUACACGCUCAAGCCUCGGGAGGCUAAUGAAGCCGAUGACAUACUUGCCGAAUUGUAUCUGAGACAGGCAAUUGCCAACAACUCGAAUCAGGAUUGGGGUCAGAGGUUCGAGCAGUUCAUGCAACGCUCCAACCAUACAAAGUCUAGGGUGGUGUCAUGCUGUUUUGCUAGAUACGUAUACAUGACGCGUGGUGUCCCACAAGCCAAGGCAGCUGUGCAAGAAUUGCUGAAGAUGGCUUUAGAGAUGCUAUCAGAUAAAGACCCAUGUAAUGACGGGCUAGCGUUCUCCUUCCUUUCCCGCAUUAUGGUCACAUUCGGGGACCUGGAGAACACCAAGGUGAUUGGCCGAAUAUUCCACCUGAUUCGUCUCUCCUGGUGGACAGCGAGUGAGAAAGAGGCUGCCGAUAUGAAAGUCGAUGCCAGCGCGGUCAUCGCUCCCUAUACCUGCACCUGGUGUGGAGAAGAUGCAAACAACACCAGCGUCCUCGAUCUUAGAAGCUGUUACUUAUGUGUGGACUGUGCCGGAACUGUCUCUCUGCAUGGCAAAUGCUAUGAAGAGUGGCGAAAGCUAGGUCCACAUGCACAGCCUUGUCACGGGCAUCAGUUCUUGUUCAUCCCAGAGAUGUACGUCACGCCACUGGUAAACACUCUGGUUCCAACGGAGCCCACGGUCAUUUCUUUGAGUGAAUGGAAGGACGGUCUGCGCAAGAAGUACCUGGAGUGACAUUCCUGAAAUCCAGGAGAAUUAGUGGGAGGAUUCUCCGUCCCGACCCAUCACCGAACCAUCUCCGCAGACGGCUGGCAUGACUCUAUUCCGGGCUUUGCCCGGGUUCUGGGCUGGACUGAGCCAAUGGCAAGGCUGAGGUGGAGCUUCAACCACGUUUCUAUGAAUUCUUCCCCUCACGCAAUACAUUUCCCCUCACGGAAAAUUGUGCAAAUUGGGGUGUAGAGUUGGGGUCGACAUGUCUGC